CGGCGGGCAGCAUUUUACAUUUGGCAUCAAGCUAGAGUGCGAGGUUGCCAGUUUGCAACGGAACGCAACCACUGAUAAUUAUUAUCCGAAUUCUUUAAAGUGUGCGCUAUGGCUGAAGAGGAACUUGAAGAAAUAUUCAUCCUUUUCGACCGCACCGGAGAGGGAAAAAUUGAAAUCGCGCAGAUUAAAGAUGUCCUUCGCUCGGCCGGCUUGAAUCCACAAGGUGCUGACUUGGAAAAGCUGGAGGCCGACUACAAGGACAAGGAUUCCAUCCAGUUUGCAGAAUUCUGCGCCAUUUACAAAGAAAUGAAAGCUAAACCCCAGCCAGCCAAGGAAGACUUCCUGGAGUUCUUUAGCAUUUUUGAUCGUGAAAAAAGUGGUUUAAUUGAUUCAUUGCAGCUUCGAGCUUUCCUCUGCUUGAAGGGUGAUUCCAGACUGACAGAGGAUGAGAUGGAGGUACUCGUUAAGCCGCUCGAAGACACGAAGAAGGAGGUCGUUCCCUACAAAGAACUCAUCACUUUGGUUAUGGGCGACCCUUAAUCGGCCACUGCUUAGAAACAGACAUUGUGCAACUGCCAGUGGAUGUCAUUUAAUUUGAACUUCUGCGACUAGCUCAAUCGAAUUUCCCUGACAAAACCUUCGUUGGGGCAAUAUCCUGUAUACUGUUUCUGUCUCACUGUAAGUACUCAAAUUGUUUUUGUAUUCUGAUAGCAAUUUAUUUUAAACUUAGCUAGCGCACUCAAGAUCCUUUAUUUCAUUCGAUUUGAUUAUGAAGGAUGAAAACUAAAAUGUUAAAUUGAGACAUUGUGAUACUUUUAUGAUACAGAAGUUGAGGAUUCAGAAUGCCAAUAAAUUUCCUGUUGAUUGUU